CCAUUGGCCCCGCCCCCUCCGGCCAUGCCCGCUGUCCCCGCUGUCCCCGCGCUGUCCCCUCCGUCCCCGGCGCUGUCCCCGCGCUGUCCCCGCGCUGUCCCCGCGCUGUCCCCUCGCUGUCCCCAGCCCUCCCAUCCCCCCUGAACAAGCCCCGCCCCCCCGGCAGGCCCCGCCCGCCCGGCCAUGCCCGGCGCCGCGGUGUCGCCGGGGCCGCUGUCGCCGCUGUCGCCGCCGUCGCCGCUGUCGCCGCCGGGGCCGGGGUCGUCGCCGGGGCUGGCGGCGGGGCUGCUCUGCGUGCCGGGGCUCGUCUUCUUCCCGGGGCUCUUCGUGCUGGCCCGCCGAGGCCUGGCCGCCAUCGCCGGCUGUCCCCAGAGCCGCGCCACCGUGCUGGCCGCCAGGUUGGUCUCCUCUGUCCAGGCCGUCAUGGCCUCCACGGCCGGGCUGAUCAUCGCCAGCUCCUGCCAGGGCAACGUCAUCGACGACAGGCACUGGCUGGCCUGGGCGUACCCGUCCUUCGCCGUGCCCUAUUUCGUGUACGACGUCUAUGCCAUGUACCUGUGCCACCUGAGCCGCGCCCAGGUCAAAGGUCACGGCGCCCCGGCCCCGCCCCGCGCCGCCGCCGCCUUCCUGCGCCAGGAGCUGCUGAUGGUGCUGCACCACCUGGCCAUGGUGCUGGUCUGCUUCCCCGUGGCCACCUUCCGGCGGCAGCACACGCUCCUGCACAAGCUGAACGCGCUGGCGCUGCUCCUGACCUUCCUGGGCUGCCGCGUGCUGCUCUUCCCGUACCUGUACUGGCGCUACGGCCGCCAGCGGGGGCUGGCGCUGCCCCGCGUGCCCGCGGCGCUGCCCCCCGGCUACAACGCCGCCGCCGCCGCCCUGGCCGCGCCCCAGCUCUACUGGUUCGGCCUCAUCUGCCGCGGCACCUGGCGCCUCUUCCGGCCCGCGGGGGCGCAGCCGCGGCCGCCCUGAGGGGACAACCUGGGGACAGUCCUGGGGACAAUCCUGGGACAACCUGGGGACAACCUGGGGACAGUCCUG